AUGGCUGUGAUAUGGACUGCACAAGGCACCUGUUUGACAACAAACUCGGAUGAAAACACAAUUGGAAGAAAUAGUGGAAUAUUUUGGGCUCUGUUGCAAUUCAGUCUUUUGUUUGGAAAUCUGUACAUAUAUUUUGCCUGGAAGGGAGAAACACACAUCUCAGAUCAUAAUCGUAGGACUGUUUAUAUUGCAUUAACUGCAAUUAGUGGAGUGGGAAGUGUCCUUUUUUUCUUAAUAAAGCAACCAGUUUCUGAAGUUUCAUCUAUAGAACAGGACAAAUCUGAUGAUGAGUCUGAUAUUAUACUUGGACCUCAAGAACAACGAUCACAAGCAAUUGGUGCAAUUCGAAGUGCGAUCUGUAUAUUCUUCACUAAAGAUAUGCUGCUUCUAUGUAUAACUAUUGCUUAUACUGGUAUUGAACUAACCUUUUUUAGUGGCGUUUAUGGUACCUGUUUGGGGGCUACAAAUCGCUUUGGGAAUGAAGCUAAAAGCCUUGUUGGUUUAUCUGGCAUCUUCAUUGGUGUUGGAGAAAUCUUAGGUGGUGCAACCUUUGGUUUAUUGAACAAAUUCCUCAGCAAAUACCUUGGCAUUGGUAGAAACCCUGUUGUUCUUCUGGGUUUAUUAUGUCAUGUUAUUGCCUUCUAUCUGAUAUUCUUAAAUGUGCCAGGGGAUUCACCAAUUGUUUCUGAUGAAGGAACUGAUCGAGUUUCUUACUUAAUUCCAAGCAAAAUCAUUGCCAUGGUUUGCAGUUUCCUCCUGGGACUAGGUGAUAGUUGUUUCAACACACAACUCCUUAGUAUUGUAGGAUAUAUGUACUCUGAAGAAAGUGCCCCUGCGUUUGCUGUCUUCAAGUUUGUGCAAUCUAUCAGUGCAGCAAUAGCAUUUGGCUACAGCAAUUAUCUACUGCUAAAGUGGCAGCUGCUUAUCCUUGGCAUGACUGGAUUCUUUGGCACAAUAUCUUUCAUCCUUGUGGAAUGGAAGGCUGAAAUACAUUCUCGUGGUUUCAGUUAUGAUCGGAUUUAAUCAAGAAACUACAUUUUAAAAGACACAAUGAUAUGUACAUUUUUAAAGCUUAGAUUUAUUUUUAAAUACCACUUUUACAAAUGUCUUUUGAGAAUUUUAAUUUUGUUGUAUGGAAAUAUUCCUAAAUACAAUUUUCAAUCGGAUUUUAAAGUUACUAUAAUUGUAUCAAACCAAGGGCUGCUGUCAUUAGAGAGAGAUGACUGGUGACGGUUUAACCUGAGAGUCAACACACUCAGAUGAGCAGAGAGCUUGGGAAGGGGAGUCAUUCAUGGUAAGCUCAACUGAUGUGGAAAUCGAACCUACACUGUUGGCCUCAAUCUAUAUCGCAAACCAGCUGUCCAAUCAACUGAGUUAGUUCACCCCCUUAUUUGUGGCUUAAAGAUAUAACUGGAGGAAAUGUUAUAAAUCCAAUAAAAUAAGUUGACUUGAUGCUGGCUACUGAAUAGCUGAUAGAAUAUAUUCACGAAGCAUUUCUGCUGCACACAAAUUUCUACACUACAAGAAAUAUGAUGAACAGACUAAAUCUGAAUGCUCUAAAAUAUUGACUUCACUGAUUUGCAAAACUGUUUUAAGCAUUUCCUUGUAGUAAUGUUGAGCAUUAUUUCACAUCCAACUUAUGGUAAAUUGCCAAAUCUUAUUGAUCCAUUUAUUUGAAAUGGGAAACCUUUUCAUAAUUCACAAAACUUGAAAAAAUUUCUUUUUUUUUUAAAUGAGAAUCAAGGCACUUUUUUGAAAUCGAGAAUCAUUGUUAGAAACUUUCCCUUUCACCAUGCUUCACCUCAUCGAUCUUAUUGUUUUCUUUUCAAAUAUACAUUUUGCUGGUGGGUACUCUGAGAAGUACCAACUAACAAAAACAUAUUAUUUCAAAUAAUUUCAAAAGUAUUGACCGCUGCUCUAAAAUUUAGUAAUUGAACCUGCUUAUUUGCACGUUGACGUAAAACUGAAUAUUUUUGUGAUAAAUAUUUCCAGUUGUGAUCAUUCUUUUGAAAAUACAUGUUUUGAGCAACUAACUCCAAUGUGAUACUUCAAGUGGAAAUAUAGCUAUUUCAUGAUUAUUACUGAUUGUGAUGAGAGCUGAAACAAUUUACUAUGAAAAUGACAAAAUUUAUGGUGUUCUUGUGAUGUACCUUCAAAUGUUCAGGAUUUGACUAAAAGAUAGGUUGUCAGCGACUCAGUUAAUUAUAACCUCGUAUGGAAUGUUUCUGUUUCCUGAUGACUUGCUACUAAAUACUUAUGUCAAGAUCAAAAGGGAACUUUGCUUUGAACUAAGAUGUGAUAAGAAAGUGAAGAAUUAAAAUUUAAGGGUUUUCUGACUGUUUACAUUUAACCACUCUUUUUAAACUAAUAGGUCAUUAUAUUAAUGAGUGUUAUUUUUUUCUGAUUACAAUUUUAUUAAUCAGUGUCUAGUUUUUGUACAUUUUAAACCAUAUUCCAUACAGGAUGCAAUCUUAUCUGGACAGUAAUUGAUCAUUGAAUGCUUUCCACAAUGACUUGCUGACCUCCAUAUCAGUUUGUCUGUAGUUGCUGGGUACAAAGUGCCAGUGUUGUCGCUUUAAUGUUGAGUCUUCAAGUUGAACAAGUUGAUUUUGUGAAAUUCUCUUUGUGCAGAGAUAGCAAUUAACUUUUCCACUCGUACACUUGAAGAGGUCAGAGACUGAAGUAGUAAUUUUCCCCCCAGCAAACCAUGACUUUAAAUUGUAGAUGCCCUGGGCUUGAUAGAACUGAGGGUAGUAUUUUGUGAUAGUAUAUGUGGGAACCAAUUUAUUGAAGAAAAAUGGAAGCAUUGUUGAUAUGAACUAGGACUGAAAAACUGACCUCCCAGGGGCGCUCUAGAUUUUAUGUACUUAGUAUCUGCAAAUGUAUGCAUAAUGUUUUAUUCAUUUUCUAUUAAUCAGUCACUAAGUGAUCUAAAUAGCUAAGCUUUUAUGACAAGAUCAUGUUGCUGCAUUGUUGAAACAUGUAGCACCAACCUAAGUUGAAGAGUGUAAAGCUGUGGUAAUUGAUGCUCAUAUAGAUAUUGUAUUUAAAAGUUUGUGUAUUCACAAACACAAGCAUUUCCCAGAACUUGCUGAAAUUAAUCUAUUCUGCACUUAGAAUGUAAAAAUAAUAGUAUUUUAUGAUAUUAAAAUGUGCAUAAUUAUUCAUCAUUUCUGUCACAAGUGACAAGUAUUUAAAUCAAAAAUAGAUGUUUCAAGGAAUAACUUUUUCUUACCUUCUAAAUACAGUAGAUGGAAAAUUAAAAGCAUAUUAGGGAUGAGCAGUCGGCUUAAAUUUGAGCUGUUGCGCACUGUUUUUGUUAUUACUGAAACCCUUGAACCUAUUUUUGUUAAAAGCAUUGAUUCUUCAUCAUGGCAAGAGAUGGUUGCAGAUUGAAAGAAGCUUGUAAACUUCAGUUCAAUCCUCAAAGCUGGCUGAAUCUGAUGUGAGAUGAGACCGAUCGCCUUUGCAUUGUCACCAUAACUGCUGAGUUGUGAAGGUUACAUUGAAACAUAGAAACAUAGAAGAUAGGAGCAGGAGGAGGUCAAUGGGUCCGUAGAGCCUGCUGUGCCGUUCUUCAUGAUCAUGGCUGAUAGUCCAACUCAAUAGCCUAAUCCUGCUUUCUCCCCAUAACCUUUGAUCCCAUUCAUCGCAAGUGCUAAAUCUCAUUGCCUCUUGAAUAUAUUCAAUGUUUUGGCAUCAAUUACUUCUGUGGUAAUGAAUUUCACAGGCCCACCACUCUUUGGGUGAAGAAAUGACUCCUCAUCUCCAUUCUAAAUCGUCUACCCUGAAUCUUCAUACUGUGACCCACGGUGCUGGACACACCUACCAUCGGGAACAUCCUCCCUGCAUCUACCUUGUCCAGUCCUGUUAGAAUUUUAUAAGUCUCUGAACUCCAGUGAAAACAAUCCCAACCUGGUCAAUCUCUCCUCAUGUGUCAGACCCGCCAUCCCCAGAAUCAGCCUGUUAAACCUUCAUUGCGCUCCCUCAAGAGCAAGAGCAUCCUUCCUCAGAAAAGGAGACCAAAACUGUACACAAUAUUCUAGGUGUGGCCUCACCAAGGCCCUGUAUAACAACACAUCCCUGCUCCUAUCCUCUCAACUUCUCACAAUGAAGGCCAACAUACCAUUAAGCUUUUCUCCCCCACUGGGGAAUGUACCAGGUAAGACCAAUAGCUAUUAUUCGUUGGUAGGAAACUCAUCUCUGAAUCAGAAGGUUGAGGAUCAAGUGCCAUGUUGGAGAUUUGAGUACAAAAUUUGGUUGACUGCUGCACUGUUGGGCUUGUUAUCUUUCUGAUAAUGGCGUUAAAUAGAGGCCUUGCCUGCCCUUUUUUUUUGGUGGAAAAGAUCCCAUGGUGUUUUUUUUUUGAAGAACAGCAGAAGAGUUUUCCACGUGUCUUAAUUACCAAUACUAAAAUCAAUAAAAACAGAUAAUCUGCUGUUUGUGAAAUGUUGCUGUGUGCCAUUCGAAUGCUGUUUUCUGCAUUGCAGCAAUGACUGUUUCAUUGUCUUUAAAGCACUUUAAGAUGUCAUGGGUGUGAUAUUAAUGCCAAGUCUUUGAACUAUUGUCUAAUUACUAGCAUUUUAAUUUUGGGUAUAAAUUGUGCAGUAUUUAUGGCAGCUUUAGUCUCUCUCAAUCAAUGACCAUUGGGCUAAUUUUUUAAAAAAAGAACAACUGAAGGAAUUUUCAGCUCAUUUUGUCUUUCUGCACUUUCCUCUACAUAGUGUCAAGUGAAAAUAUUGUCAAAUUGACUGUGUUCAUUUAUGUUUUCAAUUUUCCUUUGAGAAGGAACGAAAAAAAUUGUAAAUUCUGCAUGUUUUGUCAUUUUCAUACCCUUGUUUACUGCCUUGAGGAACUUGAAAUCUUUUCUGUUUGUCUUAAGGAUUCUCGGAAAUAAAAGCAAUAUAGCAAAAGUUAUCGUUUUGUCAAUUUUAUUCCUAGUGCAAGUAUUAAAAGAUAAAAAUUCCAAGAUAUUGUGCUUGGAUUAGUUUUUUUUAAUCUAUUGUCACUCUUGUUUGCCUGUUGCUGUCCUAAGGGUACUUUCUUCAUUACAAAUUCCCAAAAUAAUUGGCUGGGCCAUUGAUUUUGUGUCUGCUAAAGUUGCACUGUUUGUUUUUUUUAAAAGCUGCUACUUGUCAUUGAAUAUAAGUACAGGAACAUCUCCAAAAAAAAACUGUUGGUGCUUUAUUGAAAUGUUUUGAUCUUUCAUUUAAAUUUAUCUUCUUGGAUACCUGGAUGUCAUUCUGUUUCUUCAUAAUUUAUUUAUAUCACAGGACUAAGUUACAUUCAAAGUUGAGAAGCUUUCCCCAUGUAGGUUAUAAAUCUUUGUCAAACAUGCACACAUAAUGGUUGAAUGGCUUGAAAUUUCAUUUCUCCCAGUUUAAAGAAGGAAUAAAUGAAAUAAAGUUAGCAUUUUCCUUCCAUUUUGCUCAAGCCAAACUCUCUCCUUUUUUAUAUUUGGGCUAUUUUUAUAAGAUCAGCAAGAUUGACGUUGGCCGAAUGGAUGCAGAUUGCAUCCACUUGGGGAAAUUCAGGCAUCUGUUAAACUGGAGCUUGAACCUUUCAUGGAACAAAUAUGUUAACUGAACUUAAGCUGAUAUCAUUAUUGUAGAAAUAUUAUUGUAGUCACUACAUGGAAAAUGGGACAUGAAACAAUUAUGUAUGUCUUUAAAUGUCCUUAAAUUAUGUAAUAUCAAAUAUAGUUUUAACAAUCUAAAGUGUCAAUGUUAUACUGUUCUGAAUAAUGAUUGAUCAUAAUAGAAUUUAAGUAACUCGGGAACCUGUUUUGAUUUGAAUAUGUUUUGUUUCCUGUUGUCUUAAUACAUAUUGAAUUAAAUUAAAACACCAGAUUUCUGUUUGCUUUGUUUUUAUACAAGAACUGAUCUUACUGUAUAUACCAGUUGGAUGAGAUUAAAUUUUGGUAAAGAUCAUGAGUUAUUGUGGCAAAGGUAGGGAGGGGGACAAUGCAUUGCCAAAUUCUUUUCAACAUUCAAUGAGGAAAUGGUUGUGUAGCUUCACAUUUUAAGGACCUGGAAAUGAGGUUAAUUUUCCUUCAUUGGAUCAGGAGAUUUACGGAACAAUCUGUUCCCAACAAUGCUCACUAAGUUUAAGAAAGUUGUUUGGCAUGUAAAAUUGGUUGCUCAUUUCAGAUGAAUAACUUUAGAUUAGAAUGAAUUUUAUCUUUCUUUUUAUGGUCUCUGGAGAAUGUCAGACUUAUGUAUUUUGUUAUUUUCAAACAGCUUAAAAUUUGUAUUAUGUUGCAUAUUGUUGUAAAUUAUUUCUUUUGAUUGCGAUGUCUUCAUACUGCUCUGUUGUCAAGUCUUUGUCAAAUUAAAUUUGUUGGGCAAUCUGCAAUGCUAAGACAAAGUUUGUUUUAAAUUUGUUUUGGUGUGUGGACGGUAUAUAUGCUUAUUCAGCAGAAAGUCUCCAUGUAAAACUCAAUGUGUAACAUUUAGUAUCAAGUGUGCAAUAUUUACAUGUUAUUUUAUGUAAUAAAGUUGUUUAAACUGGA